UGUGACGAAUGGUGGCAAAACCACCUUGACCAACAGAAUCAUCAAAGCACUGCCCAACUGCUGUGUCAUCCACCAAGAUGACUUCUUCAAGCCACAAGAUCAAAUAGAAGUCGGGGAAGACGGCUUUAAACAAUGGGAUGUGUUGGAUUCCUUGGAUAUGGAGGCAAUGGUGAGCACAGUGCGUGCGUGGAUUGAGAACCCAGUGAAGUUUGCCCGUUCCCACGGGGUGAAUGUUACGCCUGGCUCUAAAGAGCCAGCCGCCAAAGAUACCCAUAUAUUGGUCAUUGAAGGCUUCCUGCUUUAUAAUUACAAACCACUGAUAGACCUAUUUGACAUACGCUACUACUUGGCAGUUCCAUACGAGGAGUGCAAAAGGAGGAGAAGUACAAGGAACUACACCGUUCCUGACCCACCGGGUCUCUUCGAUGGACAUGUGUGGCCCAUGUAUUUGAAACACAGGAAAGAAAUGGAGGAUGACAGCGUUGAUGUUGUUUAUUUAGAUGGACUGAAGUCCAGAGAUGAACUUUACAAUGAAGUCUUUGAAGAUAUUCAGAACAAGCUUUUGAAUUGCUUAUAGGGUCUCGGAAGACCUGAAAGACCCAUGUACAGAAUGAUGUAAAUAGUAUUUAGACAGUCAAGUCAAAGUUAGGGUUUAUCUACGUAAACUCUUACACUGUCCUUUGGAAAGUAUCUUUUGUAUAUAAUUGAAAAAUGAAAAUAACUUAUUUACAACUGUGAUG